AUGGCUCUCGGCUCAAAGUGGUGGAAGACUGCGCUGGGCGUGACCGCACUGCUCGUCCUGCUGAUUCGAGACGUGGGCGGUGCAUACAAUGCCAACUGCACAACCAACUGCCGCGCGUGCAGCGGUCGUGUGUUUUUUGAGAGCUCGGCCGUGAGCGACUGUGCGGGCAGCGAAGAUAACUACCCGCACGGUCAACUCUGCACCUUUGAGUGCUCACGAUUCACCAUUUAUAGCAAAAAGUUUGUAUGCGAUGACGGGGCCUGGAUUUGGCCCGAUGACUUGGGGAGCGAUGACAUUUGCCCCGAGUAUCACGCCACCACCUGUACCUUCGCCCCGCAUCAUGCAGCAGGCCCAACCCUGAACUGCAAUGCCUGUCAGCAACCCCUCGCAUUGACAAAGAUUGACCAGGUGCCCUACUUUCUGUCUGGCAACCUCGAGCAUUUGGACGUGGCCUGUCAAGCUAUAUCAGCGUUCUACUCCAUGUCCACCUUCACCGCCCGCCGGCUGCGCUCCGCUAACCUCUCGCACACGGGCGUAGAACACAUUGAAAGCCUCACAUUUCGCACCCCCUUGGAUCUUGAGGUGCUCGACGUCAGUCAAAACAAGUUUGAUACACUCCAGCCCAAAAUGUUCCCGGCUGCGCGUCCCUCCUUCCACACCCUUUUAAUGGACGGCAACCCUGAACUCGGAGAGCUGAGAGCUCUACCCUUCAAUGCCCUCUUUUCCCGCUCCUGCAACCGAACCUAUGUCUUUACCUUUACCGCAACCAAGCUGGGAUGUUUUUGCCAAUUAGACCCUACGCCAGACGACUGUGGCCGGAUCACCUGCAACGACGCCUGCUCCCUUGAGGCAGCCCGCACCAACGUCUCCUGCUCUGACUUCUCCCCCGAAGCCAACCCCUUUCCGAACCUCGGCUCGGCUCUCAGUAUCCCCCCGGAAGCCUUUUGCGACGGCGUUACUGACUGUGCCAAUGGCUUCGAUGAGGCCCUUUGCGACAUUUAUGUUCAUGAUUCAGCUCCAACCGAAGCCUCAACGUACUUUGUACAUAGCUGUUUCGGAUCAGCCUUUCAAUUCACGGUUUGGCGAGGCAUUGUCGUUCUUGUUCCUGAUGUCAACGAGCCCACCAAUAAUUUUCGCUGCGUUUAUGGACGUGCAUAUGAGCACUUGCAAUUGUUGCUCAGAGUCAACGCCUCGGGCAUCAUCAGCGACGUGGAUCCUUCCAUGGAAGCAGGCAGUCGCAUGUUUCACAUGAUAUUCUACAACGCCAAGAAAGGCAAUUUGCGCGUGAAAGUCAUCGGGCAGGAAACCCUUCCCUUGGAAGUGAACUUUACCGUCGUAGAUGGCUACCCUGCUUGGCUCACCAGCACGACUGUUGAGCCCUCGACUUUGGGGCGGAACCCUAGCUCAAGUCCCGCCGCUACAGCUGGCAAGGCGCACACCACAAACCCGGCCAUCAUCGCGACAGUGGUCAGCGUGGCCUUUGUGGUGGUCUUCCUUGCGCUUGGCUACAUCUGGCGUCAGCGACACAUGAAACAGAGCCAGCACGCGAGCCGCUCUGCGUGGCUGCAACGUCAAUUGGAUGACGUUCAACACUCGCUCAAGUCUUCGAGUACCAUCGACGUUGUUUCCUCGUACGUCAUUUUAGCGCUCUUGCUCUUGCCAAGUCGAGCAGCUGACGGAGACCAGUAUUUGCGCCACCCCUGUGCUCACGUCAUGUCUACGGCUGUUUAA